GGCACAUCAUAGUUAGCAGGCUAGAAGAAGACAAAUUGUGAGCCUGUGGUAUCUGCAUCGUUUUAGCUAUGGAAAAUAGGAAGACAAUUUGACAAUGGUUCUUGAAAUAUCCUUUUAAACAUUACUAAUGAUGUUCAAGCUAUUGGUAGAUCAUAUUUGGCCGGAUUAACUAGCUCCGCAAUAUCUGGUGCUAAAUUACCUCUUUGUCCCCAAAAAAAUUAGCUGAGAAGGCUUGUUGUUUAUGUACAGUACUGUACUAGCUAACAGUAGCUAAGUUACGUCUGUGACCUGUCACAGCUGAGCUUGCUAGCAACAUAGCUAGGCGUGUUUAAAUUCAUUGUCAACAACGUUUGCUAGCCGACGGGUUUGCCUUGUUAUAUAUAUCAGUGUGCAGGGGAGAGAUGGGCACCCUGGGCAGCCGCAUGCAGGCCUCCUCCCAGGAUCCGGAGGAAGCAGUUGAGAAUGCAUGUGCCAGUGGCAAGCAUGGAUGUGAGUGCAGAAAGAGGAAACGGACUGCACACUGCGACUGUGACAGUGAGCCUGAUGAGGAAGAUGCCUUACUGGACACACCACGGAGGAAGAAGCUAAAGAGCACUUCCAAGUACAUCUAUCAGACCUUGUUCCUGAACGGCGAGAACAGUGACAUCCGCAUCUGUGCCCUUGGGCAGGAGUGGAACCUGCACAAAGUCUACCUGUGCCAGUCGGGGUAUUUCUCCAGCAUGUUCAGUGGAUCCUGGAAGGAGUCCAACAUGAUGGUCAUACCGUUAGAGAUCCCAGACCAGAACAUCGACACAGAGGCUCUACAGGUAGUGUUUGGAUCUCUGUACCGGGAUGAUGUUCUGAUCAAGCCCAGCAGGGUGGUCAGUAUCCUAGCAGCAGCUUGUAUGCUCCAACUGGAUGGUCUGAUCCAGCAAUGUGGCGAGACCAUGAAAGAGAAUGUCAGUGUCAAGACUGUGUGUGGCUAUUACUCCUCUGCCAGCAUCUACGGCCUGGACUCUGUUAUGAAGAAGUGUCAGGAAUGGCUCCUCAAUAACCUCAUGACCCAUCAGAAUGUUGACCUGAUGAAGGAGCUAGGAACGGACGUGAUGGAACCGCUGAUCCAGUCGUCUGACCUCUUCGUCAUGCAGGUGGAGAUGGACGUCUACACAGCCCUGAAAAAGUGGAUGUUCCUGCAGCUCAAUCCAUCCUGGGACGGUCCCAUCAAGCAACUGCUGGCUGACGCUGACACCUGGCUUUGCAAACGCAGAACUGAGUUGGGAGAGGAGGAGCCCUUCUUAAAAACAGAGGACGGCGCUCCCUUUACUCCCGUCUUCAGACAUGUGCGCCUUCAAUACAUCAUCAACGACCUGGCGUCUGCACGUAUCCUGGAGAGAGACAACAUUCUCCCACCCGAUUGGCUAACCUCCGUGUACAAGAGCCAGUGGUUUGCCAUGCUACGGACGGAGCACGACAAUGACAAUGGUCCACAGGAUGCAAACAAGGAGGAGUUUGAGUCAAGCAGUAUGAGGUGUGGCAGGAAACUGACCAAAGAUGGAGAUUACUGUUGGCGGUGGACAGGUUUCAACUUUGGCUUUGACCUGCUAGUGACCUACACCAACCGCUUCAUAGUGUUCAAGAGGAAUACACUGAGCCAGCCAUGUGGGGGAGCUGUGAGUCUGCAGCCCCGGAGGCAUCUAGCAUACAGGUUACGUCUGGCCUCCUUUGAUAAUAGUGGGAAGCUGGUGUGUAGUCGAUCCACUGGUUACCAGCUUCUCACCCUGGAGAAAGACCAGGAGUAUGUGGUGAUGAACCUGGACAGUCGGCUCUUGUCGUUCCCCCUCUACGUGUGCUGUAACUUCCAGUACACAUCUCAUAUGGACCGCCGCCCUGAUGCCCCUGAACCAGAGAGCAGCGCCCGCAGUGUAUCCUGAUAUCAGCUCCACACCCUCAACCAGUCCCCUCUCUGACCCCACAACCCUGGCAUCUGCAUGCUCUUUAGCCCAGUCUAUUGUGUUUUGGGAUAUGUUGUUUUUCAUCGUUCUUCAGUUUUCAUGGUUAAUAUUUGAUUUGCCUUUUAUAUUAUUUAUUUUGCUUUUUUUAAUGAAAUAAAAAACUUACACUGCCAAUAAAUAGUCCACACCGGUGGGCUGUGGUGCUAUCAAAAGUGUGACCAUGGUCAUCUCUCACAGGGAAUUAUCAGUUACUAGUUCUGUACAUCCAUUACUAACACAUACAGUAUUGCUAAUUGAGUAUGUUGGCCACUAGUUGGUCUGAAUUAGAUGUGAAUUUCAAAUACCUAUGGCAGAAUAUGGUGCUGCUUUUAAACUUUCAAAAUAUUACUUUAAUUUCUAGUCUACAUUUAGGAUAAUUGUAAUAUACCUGCCUUAAUGUAUUGUAAGAUGUUGGGCAUAUUGAUUUAUUUUGGACCAAAGUGGCAUGGCAGUCUUGACAAAAUAGUUUACUGAUCUGUCAGUUUCCUCAAGUGGGGGCUUACCUUUACACUUUGCAGUCAUUCAUAUCGUAUUAUUUGUAUUGCUGCAGUCGAAGGAACCUGCAAGUAAGCAUUUCGUUGGACAGUGUAUACCAUGUAUCCUGUACAUAUGACUAAUAACUUGUGCUGUAAUAUCCUCACUGAAAUGCUAUCAAUUAGUUCACCAUUAGUGUCUGUGCAUACAUUUGUACAUUAUACAGGUUUCACUAUGCUGUACAUGCUUAGUUAUUAAAACUGGUGUUUUCAAAA